AUGUCGACCUCAGUCCUCCGAACUCUGCCUCGCGUGCUUCCGCACGCUGUGCGCACGUACGCAACGCGUGCGUCGCCUUUGACGAGUCCUGUAUCGGGUCUGUGUGGUGCGGUCGGCAACACGCCUCUGAUCAAGAUCAACUCGCUGAGUAGGGAGACGGGCUGCGAAGUGUACGGCAAGGCCGAAUUCAUGACGCCGGGAGGCAGCGUGAAGGACCGUGCUGCCCUGUAUAUUGUUCUUGAUGCUGAGAAGAAGGGUCUCAUCAAGCCUGGAGGCACAAUUGUCGAGGGUACCGCUGGCAACACGGGCAUUGGACUUGCUCAUGUGUGUCGUGCACGCGGCUACAAGUGCGUGAUCUACAUGCCCAACACGCAAUCAGCCGAGAAAAUCAACUUGCUGCGUAUGCUUGGUGCUGAGGUAUACCCCGUGCCGGCUGUGCCGUUCGCCGAUCCCCAGAACUACAACCACCAAGCUGCUCGCCACGCCGAGAAACUCGAUAAUGCGGUGUGGACGAACCAGUUCGACAAUGUGGCUAACCGCGAGGCACAUAUCCUGACAACAGGUCCAGAGAUCUGGGCGCAGACUCGUCAAACUGGCCUUGAUGGCUUCAUCUGUGCUACCGGUACGGGUGGUACACUCGCUGGUACGACGCGGUACCUAAAGGAUGUGUCGGGUGGCCAGGUUCAGUGCUGGCUUGCCGAUCCGCCCGGCUCAGUGCUGCACACGUACGUACAGACCAAGCGCGAGCGUAUGGAGCGCACAGGCAACGGCUCAAUCACCGAGGGAAUUGGCCAGGGUCGUCUCACAUCCAACCUACAGCCAGACAUUGAUCUGAUCGACAAUAGUCUGCACAUUGAGGAUGAGGCUAGCAUUGCUAUGGUCUUCCGUAUGCUCGAUGAGGAGGGUCUGUACAUUGGUGCCUCGUCGGCUCUCAAUCUGGUCGCAGCUGCGCGUAUGGCUCAAAAGCUUGGUAAGGGCAGCAAGGUGGCGACGAUCAUUUGCGAUGGUGCUGCACGCUACCAGACGCGCCUGUUUAGUCGCAAGUGGCUCGAGAGCAAGUCGCUCCUAUCGGCCAUUCCUUCGCACCUGCACCGCUACAUUGUACUAUCGUAG